AUGUCGAGCACAGAUGAAGCUGUCAAUACUGCCCAGUCUCGAGCUCAGGAAGCUCUUGAUGACAACCACUCAGACAAGGCUGAGGGCGAUCUUACGGCGUCGACACAGAAAGUAUCAAACGAACAUGCGUCGAAGCAUGGCGAUGCUAGUGGGAUGACGCAAGCAUCUGACGAACACCACAACGCCAGCAGUGCGGCAGAGGACAAAGGCUCUCAGGCCAAGAAGGACCAGAUACAGGGUCUCCAGCAAUUCGACAUGAAGAACCAGUAUUUUUGA